AUGGGUGUUAAGCCCAGAACGGACCGCCCCGUUGCAGUCAUCGGCGGCGGAGUCCUCGGCCGCCGCAUUGGCUGUGUCUUCAUCGCUGCUGGCUACCAUGUCCACAUCCGGGAUACCUCGCCGAAGGCUCUCCGCGACGCGGCAGAUUACAUCGAUCACCACAAAGUCGAGUACUCGUUGAUGCCCCGCAUUCAAAAGACCCACGAUGAAGAUAAUGAGGGAAAACCUGGGGAUCCCAAGGCUCACACCUCCAUUUCCCAGGUUGACCUCGAGUCAUAUACUUCCGCGCCCUACGGUAACUGCAAGACUUUCACCGAGGUCGAGCCUGCUAUUUCCAACGCUUGGCUGGUUGUAGAGGCUGUGCCUGAGAUACUGCAGUUGAAGAUUGAUACUCUUGCAGAGUUGGACAAGUACGCUCCGGCCGAUUGUUACAUCGGCUCCAACAGCUCCUCUAUGAAGUCAAACUUGAUGCUUGUUAAAGUCUCCGCCAAGCGCAAGAGCAAAAUCUUCAAUAUUCACUUCACUAUGCCUCCCGCUAUCCGCACAGUCGAGCUGAUGACUUGCGGUGAGACCGAUCCCGCGAUCUUCCCUUACAUGGAGACUGUCUUGGGUGAGUGCGGCAUGUUGCCAGUGAUAGUUCGCCGCGAAUCGACCGGGUAUGUAUUAUUCUUCCGAAAAGAAAAAAAGGCAAAAGAGAAACCGCGUAUAUCAGAACAGCAGACUGACUCGAGAAAAUCGUACAGAUUCAUCUUCAACCGCAUCUGGGCAGCUGUGAAGCGGGAAAUCAUGCAAAUCCUCUACGAAGGCGUCAGCGACCCCAGCGAAAUUGAUCUACUCUGGGAACACAUGUUCAAGAAUGGCCCCCUCCCCUGCCAACUGAUGGAUCAAAUCGGCCUCGACACCGUCGCCUUCAUAGAAGACAACUACAUCCAAGAAAGGGGUCUCCCCUCCGACGCAAACGACUGGUUACGAAGGGAAUACCUCGACCAAGGACGCCUUGGCAAAAGCAGCGAAAAGGGCGGCCUCUACCCCCGACUCUCGAAAUCCUCUUCCGCAGAAGCACAGCCGGCACACCCGCACAGCGCCGCAAAAGACGUUUACCUGUUGGACGUCGGACAUGGCGGAAACGCCAAGGAUGUCUCGCAGGUGCACUCCAACGGGAAAAUCAUGCGCCUCAAUCUCGCAACCCAGAAACUCACGCCCAUUGUCGUCGGCCAGAACCUGCCCGACGGCAUCGACGUGUCGCUGGGGACGCAGCGCAUCUUCUGGACGAAUAUGGGCCGCAGCCCGGCGGCGUGUGAUGGCUCUGUCUGGUCGGCUGAUAUGGACGGUAGCGACGUGACGUGUGUCGUCUCCGUUGGCCAGGUGCAUACGCCCAAACAGAUCACGGUUAUCGAGUCGCGUAAGCAGAUUUAUUUCUGUGACCGUGAGGGUCUAGGUGUGCACUGCUGUGAUUUUGAUGGUAAUAACCAUGUUAUUCUGGUGCAGCGCCGCGCGGAGCCUGGCAUGAGUCCAUUGGAGCAGAUGACGCUUUGGUGUGUGGGAGUUGCUGUCGAUGUUGAGCGCGGCCUCUUGUACUGGACUCAGAAGGGAAUGUCCAAGGCUGGUCAAGGUCGGAUCUUCUGCGCUGGCUUGGAUAUUCCUGCCGGUGAGACUGCUGAGAAUCGGACUGAUAUCCGGUGUCUGUGGAGUCACCUCCCUGAGCCCAUUGAUAUUGAGUUAGAUAGCGAUACUCGGACUUUGUACUGGACGGAUCGUGGUGAGCACCCUUUCGGCUGUACGCUGAACCGUGCCUAUGUUGGUGGUGAAGAGAUAGAUUUGGAGAAGGUUAUUCUGGCGCGUCACUUGAAUGAGCCUAUUGGCUUGAAGUUGGAUAAGGCGAACGACAUUGUGUAUGUGGCUGACCUGGGUGGGAGUUUGUACUCGGUGUCAUUGGAAGAUGGACUCAAGACUGAGCUUGUGCGCAAUGAUGCUUGCUGGACUGGCUUGACUCUUGUUUAG